UGCAGCUUUAAAAGGCUGGGUGGAUCCCUCCUCUUCAGAUUCACUUCAACAAAAACCCUCUCAACACACUUCCCCUCUCAGUUGGAACUAGCACAUGGAAAUGGAGGACCAAAUGGAAAGCCAGAAGAGAAGAGGAAUAAGCAAAGACGAUUUAAUAUCUGAACGGACCGGUUCUUUGGGAUGCGUCGGUUGGUUCAUAGUCAUACUCUCUGGCUUCUUCUCAGUUUUACUCUUCCCCAUCACCAUCUGGUUUCUCCUGAAGAUUGUUCAAGAGUAUGAGCGCGCUGUCAUCUUCAGGCUGGGCCGCAUUACAGACAGGAAGGCUAAAGGACCAGGCAUUUUCUUUAUUUUGCCAUGUACUGACUCCUUUGUGAAAGUGGAUCUGCGUACAGUUUCAUUUGACAUCCCACCACAAGAGAUCCUGACCAAGGACUCAGUUACAGUUUCGGUGGACGGAGUGGUGUACUUCCGGGUCAGUGACCCCAUUGCCUCUGUGGCCAACGUGGCAAAUGCUGACUUCUCCACCCGUCUGCUGGCUCAAACCACCCUCAGAAAUGUCCUGGGGACGAAGAACCUGGCUGAGCUCUUGUCUGACCGCGAGGGCAUUGCUCACAGCAUGCAGGCCAGCCUGGAUGAAGCCACAGACGACUGGGGCAUCAAGGUGGAGCGUGUGGAGAUUAAAGACGUGAAGCUGCCACAUCAGCUGCAGAGAGCCAUGGCCGCCGAGGCAGAGGCUUCACGAGAGGCCAGAGCCAAGGUGAUUGCAGCAGAGGGUGAGAUGAACGCCUCUCGUGCCCUGAAGGAGGCGUCCCUUGUGAUCGCAGAGUCUCCAUCAGCCCUGCAGCUUCGCUACCUGCAGACUCUCAGCACCAUCGCAUCAGAGAAGAACUCCACCAUCAUCUUCCCCCUGCCCAUGGAUAUCAUAUCUCACUUCAUGAAGAAGUGAUACCUCAGUUUGUUCGUCCUCUAAAGUCAAUUUAAAUCAGAUUAAACAUGAAUUGGAUGGGAUCAGGGUACAUUUAUGUGGCUCCUUGUAAAAUAAACUCUCAGGAAGCAAGAUAUUGCUAUUGUGGACAUUAUCAGACUGAUCGUACAAACACCUGCAUGGUGUAUAAUAUACAAUAUAAACUGUGAUCAGCCCAGGCCUGCUAACCAAUGUGAUUGUGUUAAAUUUAGAGUAGUCAGCAUAGUUUACGUCUUUGAAUUAUUAUGAAACAUUGUAUCGUAUGUUGUUAAAACUAUAUAAUAGAUAGCUUCUUAUUCAUGAUAUUAUAUGAUGUAAUGUUGAUCAGUUGCAUAUUUUGAUACUGAAUUAAAUGUAAAGAGUUCAAAACUAA